AUGAUGAAAAAUAUUUUUGACUGGUUUUCGUGCGCAACCAAUAAUCUUGCUUGUCGUAUGACAACGGCAGAUGCACAAGUUCAUCCUGGUCAUCGAUGGAUGCUUGAAGCACUGAAACACGCCCGAAGUGCUCUCGACAAACAAGAAGUUCCAAUUGGUUGUGUAAUUGUUCAUAAUGAUUCGAAAAUUAUCGCAUUCGGUCAAAAUGAACCUGUUCGAUUACAGAAUGCUACCAGACAUGCUGAAAUGUGUGCGCUAGACUCUCUGUUUGCUGAAUAUGAUCUUACGACUACACGACAACUUCUCUCCGAAUCUGUCCUCUAUGUAACGUGUGAACCUUGUAUGAUGUGUGCUGGUGCAUUACGUCUUUCAGGAAUGACUCAAGUCGUGUACGGUUGUUCAAACGAUCGGUUUGGUGGUUGUGGUUCUGUAUUGAACAUUGCCGAAGAUGUCAUGCCAGGAUUAUUACCAUUACAGUGUACAAGUGGUGUAGAAGGCGAAGAAGCAAUGCGAUUGCUAAAAACGUUCUAUAUGAAUACGAAUACGAAUGCACCACAACCGAAAGAUAAAUCGAAAAAAAAGAAAAACGCCGUUGUAACAUCAGACUAA